CCACCAAGCAACGCCAACGGGGAUCCUCAGAAACACGCCCCCCAAAACCGCCGCUUGUCGCUCCUUUCUCGAUUGUUGUAUUGGCCGUCCUUCUGCACUCGCUCGUGGGGCCCUUUGUCUGAUUCGAUCGCUAAAAGUUUGAUUUCCUUCUUUCUCCAGCCUGCUUCUGCGCAAGUGAAAACAGGGCAGCAGCAGCAGCAGCACGACUAUUGUGCAAGCGACUCCCGACUAUUGCCGAGUGGACUGUCCAAGAGGGUGCAUUGUUGGCUGCAUUCCUGAACGCGAUAGCAAACGGCUGGCAGGGUCGAGGAACAAGUACCUCAUCAUCCAUCCACGUGCCAAGCUCCACCAUCACGUUAUCAAGGUUGAAACAUCAGGGUGCGUCAUGUCGACCACAUUAUCAUCGACAGAGACUUAUUCACUUUUGUCUCUGUCGGUUGCAUGCAUUGGAAUUCUGGCGAAUACGCUGCAAGGGGAAGGGGAACCACUCGUUGCCUCUAUAGCGUUCAGUGGACUAGCCUUUGCAUUCAGCUAUGCUCUGAUACGAUGGCUGGGGCACGCUUUUAUCAGGCGUGGGUUCAAAGGCAAAGACCUUUGUAAGCUCAAGCAGACGGAGAUUCCUGAAACUAUGGGUGCAGUGAGUGCUAUCGUCUAUCUCUUCGUCCUGAUUGUCUUCAUACCAUGGCCCUUUUACAAAGACAUUGUUGUUGCAACAUCUGGUGGAGGGAAUCGAGACGUCAUCAAAGAGCUGGAAGAAAUUGAGACAGGGCGACUGCUGCACCGGUUUCCUCACAACAAACUGGCAUCCUACCUCUCUGCUAUUCUUUCACUUCAGAGCAUCGUGCUACUUGGCAUCGGCGACGACUUGUUCGACAUCAGAUGGCGUCACAAGGUGCUCAUUCCAGCCUUUGCCGUCAUUCCAAUGCUGGUUGUGUAUUUUGUCGACUUUGGCGUCACUCAAAUGGUCGUACCCUUACCACUCAGGCCAUACCUCGGCGAGUUGUUUGAUCUGGGCUGGUUGUACUACAUUUACAUGGCACUAAUGUCCAUUUUCUCGUCGAACAGCAUCAACAUCCUGGCAGGCAUCAACGGCAUUGAAGUGGCCCAGUCGGUGGUUAUUGCGGUCUUGAUAGUUGGGAAUGACGUCCUCUACCUCUCGCCGUUCACGCCUUACCCGCAUCCAGCAACCGAUUCGCAUUUGUUUUCGCUGUAUCUCUUGCUACCUUUUAUCGGUGUAUCAGUGGCACUUUUGAUGCACAACUGGUAUCCGGCAAAGGUAUUUGUAGGCGACACAUACUGCUACUUUGCAGGCAUGGUCUUUGCGGUCGUGGCCAUCCUGGGCCAUUUUAGCAAAACGCUGAUCCUGCUCCUCCUGCCGCAAGCAUUCAACUUUGUAUACUCGGCUCCUCAGCUCUUCCACCUCGUACCGUGUCCCCGACAUCGGCUCCCGCACUUUAAUGCACGGACGGGCUUAUUAGAGCCCUCGCGCGUCGAGUUUCGCAAGCCACUGCGUCGACCGAUAGCGGAGAGCCUCAAGUUGCUGCACCGGCUUCGGCUGCUAGAUGUCGAGGUUGAUGCGAAAGGGCAGGCUGUAUCGUCCUCCAACUUUACGCUAAUCAACUUGUGGCUGGUGUGGUUUGGGCCGAUGCGGGAAGAUCGGUUGGCCAUGGGGCUGCUGGCCUUCCAGUUUGUGGUCGGGGCUCUGGGCUUGUUCAUCCGGCACCGUAUGGCGCUGCUGAUAUUUACGGUAGAUAACUGGUAGCAUGCCGUGCAUGGGGGUGGGGAGGUUGUGUGUAUGGCAUCAUCUUCGGGUGGGUUGAAUAUAUAUACAUGUAUAUAUACAAACUUCGGUUCACCAGGCAACACAACAUGGCAAUCGGUUGGCAAUGUGCUCCCC